AGGCCUUCCUGGAUCGCUGUUAUGGCCCCAGCUGGUCCAGGGAAGUGCGCUUGUGGAACCAUGCCGAGGGCGCCGGCGAGGAGCUGUGGAACCAACUAGUUCACAGAGCUCCACGGGUGCCGCUCUUCCAGUACCAAGCGGCGGUGAAAGCCUCUGGCUACCGGGCGCCCUGCUUACCAUCCGGCUCUGCACAGGUUGUUUUGGAGCACCUUGAGCGAGAGGAGGGCGAAGCCCAAGAACUCCUGUGGAAGCUCUUGGGCUGGGCCUCGCCCUUCCCACCACCAGCAGGUGUGUGGGGAGAUGACGCCUCUGACGAUCCCUGACCCGAGAUGAGGAAUCUGAAAAAGAAACAAAGGUCAUACGGUCUACGAAGGACCUUCGCUUGCCAGGAGGCCCACUGUGAGCUUGCCGGCUUGAUCAGUCGAAAGAAUGAAGGACAAAGGACACCCGUCGCCCAAUUAGAUGAAGCAAAGAGAGCAACUCUGGGCUUGAUCCUGGCCUGCGCAGAGGGACGCGAGAAGCGAGCUGAACGGGUGAGCGAGAAGCUGCUUGAGCCA